CGCAGUACGGUCUCACUCAAUCAGCAGAGAGACAGAUAUCACGAACAUCAGCGUUUUCUGCACAUUUAUAUGAAUAUAAUAUAAUAUAUAUAUACAACGAUCCAAAGGAGUCGGCUAUUCUAUUUAAACAGAUUUAUUUAUUUAUUUGUAAUUAUUUGCACCAACGCUACCCAAGUGCAAUCAAAGAGAAUGUCGUUUGAAGAUGAUUUUUUAAGGAUUUCUAAUGUCAUAUCUUGGGCUGUGAUUACAUUAUGAGCAAGAGUCCGGAUGCAAAUCUCUAUGGUCAAUAGUUUGCACAAACUCCGCUAAUCAGAACCGCGCGCAUCAUUCACCUUCAUUCACCCUAAAACAUCCCACAGGGCAGCAGGACACCCAUCAGUGACCGUAUAGAAGACAUACUCGAAGCUGAAUGAUGGAGCAGAUCAGCGAUUGGUUCUGGAAUCAGGACUACUGGCUUCCUCCUGGGGUCAGCUGGGAGGAUAUGGAAAAGGUGGAGGGACCUUGGAGACCUCUCCCACGGGAUCUGUUCAUCUCUCUGCCGAUAGCUCUGGGGUUCAUCAUGCUUCGUUAUGUGUUUGAGAGAAGUGUCGCGCUUCCUCUGAGCAAAGCUUUUGGGGUGAAAGAUCGAGUUUGUUUGAAAGUCACUCCUGCCCCAAAUCUGGAGGCCUUUUACACUAAAAACAGCAGACAACCGGCACAGAAUGAGAUCGCCAGCCUCGUGAAACAAAGCAGCUUGACUCAUAGACAGGUGGAGACCUGGUUCCGUAAUCGUAGGAACCAGGAUCGGCCGAGCAACAGUAAGAAGUUCUGUGAGGCCAGCUGGAGAUUUGUGUUCUACCUGGUUGCUUUUACCACGGGACUUGCUUCUUUAAUUAACACGCCGUGGUUCUGGGAGCAGAGAGAGUGCUGGAAGGGAUAUCCUCAACAGCCUGUGCAGGACGUUCAUUACUGGUACUACAUGCUUGAGCUGGGCUUCUACUGGUCACUUCUGCUCUGUGUGUCUGUGGACACCAAGAGAAAAGAUUUCAAAGAACAGAUCAUCCAUCACUUUGCCACCAUAUUCUUGCUCAGUUUCUCAUACUGUUCCAACUACAUUCGGGUGGGCACGCUGGUGAUGCUCCUCCACGACUCCUCGGAUAUCCUCCUCGAGUCUGGCAAGAUGUUCAACUACGCCGAAUGGAAAAAGACGUGUGAUCCAUUGUUUGUGCUUUUUGCUGUUGUGUUUCUGUUCACACGCCUGGUUGUGUUUCCGAGCAAGAUCAUCUACACCACUCUUGUUUUAUCCAUGGAAGAGUAUGAACCCUUUAUGGGAUAUUAUUUCUUCAAUGUUCUGCUGAUGGUGCUGCAGGUCCUGCACAUUUACUGGGCUUAUCUUAUCCUCAAAAUGGUCUACAAGUUCCUUUUCUUUGGGAAGCUGGACAAGGAUGAACGCAGUGAUGUUGAGAGCGAACCAGAGGAGGAGGAGAAGGAAGAUCAUUCUUCCUGGAGGAAGAGGAAUGUUGUGUUGGAUUCCAGUCUGGCCAUGCUCAACUCCAGCUGUGUCUUAAAUAACUUGACCCAACAGAAAGCUGGCACAACCAGACGACUGCCUAAAGCUAGAUAGCAACAAUGAUGUACUUGUUUUUAAGCUGAGGUGUGUCACAUGUAUAAAUAAUCUAGAUUUUUCCAUUCUAAAUUGCAGUGAGAACAUCUGCUUUCAAAUGCACAUUAUUAAACCGCAUCUGUGCUGUAAUCUCAUAUACACAGAUUACUAAGUAAAGGAUGAAAUAUUUUUGUGGGUGGGGUAGACUACGGAUAUCUUAAUGUAUUUUAAUGUUGCCUAAUUGCUUUGUUAAAAGAGCAGAAUUAAAUGCUAAUUCAUUAAUGAGAAUACCACUUGCUGAUAUGCAUUUAACUCAUAUAGGCAACUAUAAGAGAUCGGCACUGUAAUUCUAUAUCAUACACUAAUGUACGUCUCACAAAUGACAUCUUUGCAUAACUUAAAAUACGCUAUUUAUUGUGCACCAAUCUGAGAGGGUAAAUAUGUCAAAUUAAUGAUUUAUUUUGUAAAUAGAGCAACUGUAAGUUUAUGACGCUCCUUAAUUUUUAUAACCAUAAACUAAUGUUCCCAGAAUGUUGCAGGGAGGUUGUUAUGACAACCUAAUAAGAACCUACACAGAACGUUCUCUAAUGGCUAUUUUUAAGUUGUAUUUUUAUAACCAUAAACUAACCUUCCCAGAAUGUUGCAGGAAGGUUUUUGUGACAACCUAAUAAGAACCUACACAAAACGUUCUCGAAGUUAUUUUUAGGCUUUAUUUUUAUAACCAUAAACUAACCUUCCCAGACCGUUGCAGGAAGGUUUUUUUUUUUUUUUUGUGACAACAUAAAAAGAACUUAAACAGAACGUUCUCUAAUUGUUAUUUUUAGGUUAUUCUUUUUUUAUAACCAUAAACUAACGUUCCCAGAACAUUGCUGGGUGUUUUUUUCUUUUUAGGUAUAACCUUAUAAGAACUAUAGUACGUUCUCUAAUCGUAAUUUUUUUAGGUUUUAUUUUUCACAAUAUUUGUAUAUGUACAUAUAUAAGGAAGACCGACAUGAUUACGUCAUUCACAGUGCAUUAUGGGAGUGGGCAGUCUCGCGAGUCAUUUUUCGCGGGUUUCGUUGGCUGCGGUUCUCUGAUUGGUGGAUCUUUCUCUGCUGUAUCAUGGGUAAUGUAGUUGUUUACCAUGAAGUCCGCUAUCAAACUUGAUUUUUAAUCAAUGAAGUUGAGGUGACGCAGACGGAUUGCUUCUACUGAAGCAUAACCCUUCGACGAACAACAUCGCAGCUCAUGGUAGGUCUGUCUUAAAAGGUUUAUAAAUUAUCGUUGAAAAUCAAUUCAUCUAUGGGAUGAGUAUCUCUCUGACUGACAAUCCUUUGUCGAUUUCCUCAGUAAAUAAUAAUUCUAGAUGUGAGAUUAAAUAAAUGUGUUACUGAUUUGAUAAAGGUUUGACCCAUAUGAUCGAAAAGAACAUGAUGUAGGAGUGUAACCAAGAAGUUUUUUUUAAUUAUUGACUACAAAUGAAGAGAAUCAGAUGUAUCGGCUAAACUGUACGCUUCAGUUGUUAGAAAUUAUUAAACGGUUAGCCUUUUAAGGUUAAUUAAAUGUUUGUUACAUUUUUAAUGUCUUGUCAAUAAAUUUCUGAUUUAAAAAA